AAAUAUUGAUCACGUCUUACAGUAGUAUCAUAUUUCACAGUAAAAAUUAUAGCAACUAUAUAUAUAUACACCCGACUCCUUUAAUACGCUACUUGAUACAAAAAAUAUAAGUAAAAGUAAUAUAGAUGUCGUACUGAUGGACUGUUUUGUACGUACUGUGAGGAAAUAAAACUAAUUAAUGUUACACAUCAAGGUCCCUUCCUAUAUAAAUAAAACAUCGAGCCAUCCCUGGCCACAAGGCUCACUGGCUCAGCCUGUCAGCCAAGCCACGCCUCCUAGAGACCGUGCUGCGCCGCCGUAACGCCAUUUCCAAGCCACUCUCUCUCUUUCUCGCGCGAGAGAGAGGAGCUCGAUCGGUGGAUCGACUUCACCGCCGCGAGGCACGAGCAGCUCGAGAUGGGCAGGGCGCCGUGCUGCAACAAGGCGACGGUGAAGAAGGGGCCGUGGGCGCCGGAGGAGGACGCCGUGCUCAAGGCCUACAUCGACGAGCAUGGCGCCGGCGGCAACUGGAUACAGCUCCCCCACAAGAUCGGGUUGAACAGGUGCGGCAAGAGCUGCCGGCUGCGGUGGCUCAACUACCUCCGGCCCAACAUCAGGCACGGCGGCUUCACGGAGGAGGAGGACAGGCUCAUCUGCAGCCUCUACAUCAGCAUCGGGAGCAGGUGGGCAACGAUCGCGGCGCAGCUGCCGGGGAGGACGGACAACGACGUCAAGAACCACUGGAACACCAAGCUCAAGCGCCGCCUGCUCGGUGGGGGCCGGCGGCCGAGGGCAGAGGCGCGCCUCCAGCUCCUCACGAACCCAACAACCUGGCAGCACCACAACUCCUUCGCCUCGUCGGCGCUCGAGAGGAUGAAGGUGAGCAUGCGCCUGCACAGGCGCCACCAGGACCAGGCUCGCCUCGACAACCCGGCGGCGGCGGCGGCGGCCUUCACCUUGUACAACUACGGCAGCAGCCUCGGUGCGCCGCUGUGGCCGAGCCUGUCUUCCUCGUCUUCUCCUUCGCCAGCGGCGAGUGAGAGCUCAGAGAUGCUGCCGCGGCAGCCACCCGGUGCAGGUGCUACUUCCACUGGUUACUCCGGCGGGCUCUGGACUCACAUGCCAGGCAGUUUCGGCUACACAGGCGCUGGAGUGCAAGAGAACAUCGACGGCACCUGCACUCCGCCGCUUUCGACUAGCACCGGAGAGACCAUGACGGCAGUAGGCGUGGAGAGCUCCAGCUCGACGCCGACAGCAAGCUCUGCCUCCGCGACGUUUGGGAGUAGCAUGGACGACGAGAUCGACAUGUUGCUCCGGCAGAUUCAGUGCUUCGGGGAGAACAACGGCCACCACAUCGGCGACGAGGUGGUGACGGUAGACGGCAUAGACCACUGCUUCCGAGCAAUAAUGGAUCAUCAUGAGAUGGCGAACGGCAACGGCAGCGUUGGCUCUUGGAGCUCCUGCUGCUCCACUCCUGGAGUGGAUUCAGUGUUCGAUGAUUACGUGCAAGGGUACAACCAGUGCUAGAAGCUUUGCAGACAUGCACUACUAGCUAGCACGUGUAAGAUAUAUAUAUAUAUAUAGAUUGAUGAAGUUUGUUUUAGUUGUGGACGUGUGAUAUCAUACUGAGUCGUAGAUAGUUUCAGCCUCAACUCUGAACAUAGGUGUGUUUUCUUUUCUGAAGAUUUGAAUCAUGAUAUGUGUUGUCAAUGCUGGAGCGGUAGCUUGACUAGCGACAUGCACUAAUCUCCUCCAGAAAUUCAGGAUUGGAACAUCAACUUAGUAUUGUGAAGUUCUGCACUGAGUAAAAGCCUGGUGAAACUGCUUGUUUAUGAAAUGCUAUCUCUUCUUUGGUUAGGCUUAGGCGUUUGUAUAUCGGAUGCCUCUUAAUAACCAUCAACAAAGCUUUGACUCAGUGACAGUAUUU